CUCACUAUUUAUACUCUAUUCUUUGCUUCAGAAAAAAAGGGCUAAUUUUUUCUCUUCUACAAAACACAACAAUUUUAUUCUAACAAAGCCGAUUCCCAACCCCAACCCUUUCUUCUCUCACACUCCUAUGUGUAUGCUCUCACUCUCUCUUUUCUCAUCUCUCAGUUCAAAGUAGCGAAACUGAGGGGAGAUGGCAAGCGUGAGAUCGAGUUUGCCUUCGAGGCUGCGCCAACUUCUAUCGAGCGAGGGUUCCAUUGGCCCUUCCGUCAAACUCGACUAUGACCCUCCUCCCAAGAUCAAAGCCUUCAUUGAGAAGGUCAUUCAAUGUCCAUUACAAGAUAUAGCUAUACCCCUCUUUGGCUUUCGGUGGGAGUAUAAUAAGGGGAAUUUUCAUCACUGGAGACCAUUGCUGCUUCAUUUUGAUACAUAUUUCAAGACAUAUUUAUCAUGUCGAAAUGACCUGACAUUGUCUGAUAAUUUAGAAGUUGACGUUCCAUUACCAAAACAUGCAAUUCUACAAAUACUGCGGGUGAUACAAAUAAUUUUAGAGAACUGUCCAAACAAGAGUUCUUUUGAUGGCUUGGAGCACUUCAAGCUUUUAUUAGCAUCAACAGAUCCUGAGAUUAUUAUUGCAACAUUAGAAACUCUUGCAGCACUUGUAAAAAUAAAUCCUUCUAAGCUUCAUGGAAGUGCAAAAAUGGUUGGCUGUGGUUCUGUGAAUAGCUAUCUCCUGUCCCUAGCACAAGGGUGGGGAAGCAAGGAGGAGGGCAUGGGUUUGUAUUCGUGUAUUGUGGCAAAUGAGAAAGCUCAGGAUGAAGCACUCUGUUUGUUUCCUUCAGAUGUAGAGAAUGGUAGUGACCAAUCCAAUUACUGCAUGGGUUCUACUCUUUAUUUUGAAUUGCAUGGACCCAUUGCUCAAAGCAAGGAACAAAAUGUUGAUACAGGUUCCUCAAGUUUGCGAGUUAUUCACAUAGCAGAUAUGCAUUUGCGCAAAGAAGAUGAUUUGACAAUGUUGAAGCAAUGCAUUGAACAAUAUAAUGUUCCCCCAGAGCUCCGAUUUUCAUUACUCACAAGAAUUAGAUAUGCUCGUGCCUUUCGGUCUGCGAGAAUAAGCAGGCUUUAUAGCAGGAUCUGUCUUCUUGCUUUUGUUGUGUUGGUUCAAUCCAGUGAUGCUCAUGAUGAGCUUGUGUCCUUUUUUGCUAACGAACCAGAAUACACCAAUGAAUUAAUUAGAGUUGUGCGAUCUGAAGAAACCAUAUCUGGAUCUAUCAGAACACUUGUAAUGCUUGCAUUAGGGGCCCAAUUAGCAGCAUAUACGUCAUCUCAUGAACGUGCACGGAUAUUGAGUGGAUCUAGUAUGAACUUCACUGGAGGGAACCGCAUGAUACUACUGAAUGUACUUCAAAGGGCUAUUUUGUCAUUGAAGAGUUCUAACGAUCCAACUUCCUUUGCUUUUGUUGAGGCACUUCUUCAAUUUUAUCUGCUGCAUGCAGUGUCAACAUCAUCUUCUGGGAGUAACAUCAGAGGUUCUGGAAUGGUACCCACAUUCUUGCCUCUUUUGGAGGAUUCUGAUCCUGCUCAUAUUCAUCUUGUUUGUUUAGCAGUGAAAACCCUUCAGAAGCUUAUGGAUUGCAGUAGUUCAGCUGUAUCUUUGUUUAAAGAGUUGGGAGGUGUUGAGCUUUUGGCUCAAAGAUUGCAGAUAGAGGUUCAUAGAGUCAUUGGGUUGGUUGGAGAGAAUGAUAAUGUGAUGCUCACCGGUGAAAGCUCAAGGCUUAGUACUCAUCAGCUUUACUCUCAGAAGAGGCUGAUAAAAGUGUCUCUUAAGGCUCUUGGUUCUGCAACGUAUGCCCCUACAAACUCUACUAGAUCUCAACACUCCCAUGAUAGUUCAUUACCUGCAACUUUAGUAAUGAUUUUUCAGAAUGUAGAUAAGUUUGGAGGUGACAUUUAUUACUCAGCUGUUACUGUUAUGAGUGAAAUAAUUCACAAAGAUCCUACAUGCUUUUCUUCUUUACAUGAAAUGGGUCUUCCCAAUGCUUUUUUAUCUUCAGUUGUAUCUGGAGUACUUCCUUCGUCAAAGGCUCUAACAUGCAUUCCGAAUGGCCUUGGGGCUAUUUGUCUUAAUGCCAAAGGCUUAGAGAUUGUUCGAGAAACUUCUUCACUGCAGUUUCUUUCCAACAUCUUUACAAGCAGAAAGUAUGUCCUUGCCAUGAACGAAGCUAUUGUUCCUCUUGCAAAUUCUGUAGAGGAACUUCUUCGACACGUGUCUUCUUUGAGAAGUACUGGUGUUGACAUUAUCAUCGAAAUCAUCCAUAAAAUUGCAUCCUUUGGAGAUGGGAUUGAUGCAGGAUCUUCUUCCGGAAAAGCUAAUGAGGACAUUGCAAUGGAAACAAAAUCUGAAGACAAAGAAAAUGAAAGCCAUUGUUGCCUUGUAGGUACCACAGAAACUACUGCUGAAGGGAUAGAUGAUGAGACAUUCAUUCAGCUUUGCAUUUUUCAUUUGAUGGUAUUGAUUCACCGUACUAUGGAAAAUUCUGAAACAUGUCGGCUAUUUGUAGAAAAAUCAGGAAUAGAAGCUUUAUUGAAGUUGCUUUUACGACCUACAGUUGCACAAUCCUCAGAUGGCAUGUCUAUUGCUUUGCAUAGCACCAUGGUCUUUAAGGGUUUUGCUCAACAUCACUCCACUCCUUUGGCACAUGCCUUCUGUACCUCUCUUAGAGAGCACUUGAAUGUAGCAUUAACUGGGUUUGGUGCAUCUUCAGGACCUUUGUUACUGGAUCCAAAGAUGACAACUGAUAACAUAUUUUCUUCACUUUUCCUGGUUGAGUUUCUUCUCUUUCUUGCUGCAUCCAAAGACAACAGAUGGGUGACUGCUUUGCUUACGGAAUUUGGAAAUGGUAAUAAAGAUGUUCUUGAAAACAUUGGACGCAUCCACCGUGAAGUUUUAUGGCAAAUUGCUCUUCUUGAAAAUUCAAAGCCCGAUAUAGAAGAUGAUGCUUCUUGUUCUACUACUGAUUCACCACAGGCAGACGUUGAUGCAAAUGAAAGUGCAGAACAAAGGUACAAUUCUAUCAGGCAGUUUCUUGAUCCUUUACUCAGGAGGAGGACUUCAGGAUGGAGUGUAGAAUCACAAUUUUUUGACCUUAUUAACCUGUAUCGAGAUCUAGGACGUGUCCCUGGUUCUCAGCACCGACCAAAUUCUGUUGGUGCUACAAACAGGCGGUUAGGAUCCAGUAAUCAGUUGCAUUCUUCUGAGUCUGCAGAUGUUCCAGGAGCUGUGAAUAAGAAGGAAUGUGACAAGCAGAGAACAUAUUAUACCUCCUGUUGUGACAUGGUUAGAUCGCUUUCAUUUCACAUUACACAUUUGUUCCAAGAGUUAGGAAAAGUAAUGCUGCAACCCUCUCGCCGUCGUGAUGAUAUUGUGAGUGUGAGCCCUGCUUCAAAAUCAGUGGCUUCUACUUUUGCUAUCAUUGCUUUAGAUCACAUGAAUUUUGGUGGCCAUGUUGAGGAAGCAUCCAUAUCAACAAAAUGUCGUUAUUUUGGUAAAGUCAUUGAUUUUAUAGAUGGGAUUCUAAUGGAAAGGCCCGAGUCCUGCAAUCCCAUUUUACUGAAUUGCUUGUAUGGGCAUGGAGUUAUUCAAUCAGUAUUGACUACAUUUGAAGCCACUAGUCAGUUGCUAUUUGCAGUUAAUCGGACUCCUGCAUCGCCAAUGGAAACUGAUGAUGGGAAUGGAAAGCAGGAUGAUGACAAGGAAGAUACAGAUCAUUUGUGGAUAUAUGGUUCUCUAGCUAGUUAUGGUAAAUUUAUGGACCAUCUAGUGACCUCCUCCUUCAUAUUAUCUUCUUUCACAAAGCCUUUACUUGCACAACCCCUUAGUGGUGAUACCCCCUUUCCACGAGAUGCUGAGAUAUUUGUUAAAGUCCUCCAAUCUAUGGUGUUGAAAGCUGUGCUCCCAGUUUGGACUCAUUCCCAGUUCGUUGAUUGUAGUCAUGAAUUUAUUUCUAAUGUUAUCUCUAUCAUUAGGCAUGUUUAUUCAGGGGUUGAAGUAAAAAAUGUAAAUGGCAAUGCUCGCAUUACUGGGCCUCCUCCUAAUGAAACAACGAUUUCAACCAUUGUAGAGAUGGGAUUUUCCAGGGCAAGAGCUGAAGAAGCUUUGAGGCAUGUUGGAUCAAAUAGUGUGGAAUUGGCAAUGGAAUGGUUGUUUUCCCAUCCAGAGGACACUCAAGAAGAUGAUGAACUUGCACGUGCACUAGCCAUGUCCCUUGGAAACUCUGAAUCAGAGCCCAAGGAUGCUGCUGCAAGUGACUCCGUUCCUCAACUUGAGGAAGAGGUGGUCCAUCUUCCUCCUGUUGGUGAAUUGUUAUCAACUUGUACUAAGCUUCUUCAAAAGGAGCCUCUUGCUUUUCCUGUCCGUGACUUGCUCAUGAUGAUCUGCUCUCAGAAUGACGGUCAAUAUAGAUCCAAUGUUGUCACUUUUAUUGUUGAUCGGAUCAAGGAAUGCGGAUUGGUUUCUGGUAAUGGAAAUAAUACCAUGCUUGCUGCUUUAUUUCAUGUUCUGGCUUUGAUUCUUAAUGAGGAUGUUGUUUCACGGGAAGCUGCUUCAAAGAGUGGUUUGAUAAAUAUUACUUCAGAUCUUCUCUGCCAGUGGGAUUCUAGUCUUGGUAGCAGGGAGAAACAUCAGGUGCCAAAAUGGGUUGCAGCUGCCUUCCUUGCACUGGAGAGGCUUUUGCAAGUUGAUCAAAAAUUGAAUUCUGAAAUUGCAGAGUUGUUGAAGAAGGAAGCUGUGAAUGUUCAGCAGACAUCAGUUCUCAUUGAUGAGGAUAAGCAACACAAAUUACAAUCUGCAUUGGGACUUUCUACCAAGUAUGCAGAUGUACAAGAACAGAAGAGGCUUGUCGAGAUAGCUUGUAGUUACAUGAAGAACCAAGUUCCCUCAGAUACAAUGCAUGCUAUUUUGCUACUUUGUUCCAAUCUUACGAGGAAUCAUUCUGUUGCUCUUACCUUUUUUGAUGCUGGUGGUUUAAGUUCCCUUCUUUCUCUGCCAACCAGUAGCCUCUUUCCUGGUUUUGAUAAUGUUGCUGCUGGUAUUGUCCGUCAUGUUAUUGAAGAUCCACUAACUCUCCAGCAAGCAAUGGAAUCUGAGAUAAAACACAGUCUUGUAGCUGCAUCUAACCGCCAUCCAAAUGGGAGGGUCAAUCCACGAAAUUUCCUUUUAAGUUUGGCCUCGGUAAUUUCCCGGGAUCCAAUAAUAUUUAUGGAAGCUGCUCAAUCUGUUUGCCAAGUUGAAAUGGUGGGUGAAAGACCUUACAUUGUCUUGUUGAAAGAUCGGGAUAAAGAGAAGUCCAAGGAGAAGGAUAAAUCACUGGAGAAAGAUAAAUCACAUAAUAAUGAUGGAAAAGUUUGUUUAGGAAGUACAAUCUCAGGAGCUCCUGGGAAUGUGCAUGGAAAACUUCACGAUUCAAACUCAAAGAAUGUCAAAUACAAAAAGCCCACUCAAAGUUUUGUUAAUGUGAUAGAACUUUUUCUUGAAUCUAUAUGCACAUUUGUUGCCCCCCCUCUGAAGGAUGAUAAUGUUUCAAAUGUCGCCCGUGGCUCCCCUGCAUCAAGUGAGAUGGACAUUGACGUUUCUGCAAUCAGGGGGAAAGGAAAAGCAGUUGCCACUGUAUCUGGGGGAAAUGAAACCAGCAGCGAGGAAGCAUCUGCAUCACUUGCAAAGAUAGUAUUUAUUUUGAAGCUUCUGAUGGAGAUAUUGUUGAUGUACUCAUCUUCUGUUCAUGUUCUGCUUCGGCGGGAUGCUGAAAUGAGCAGCAAUAAUAGGGGCUUUAAUCAAAAGAGUCAUUCUAGUGUUGGUGCUGGAGGUAUAUUCUACCAUAUUCUUAGGAAUUUCCUUCCUUAUUCUCGAAAUUCCAAAAAGGAUAAGAAAGUUGAUGGUGAUUGGAGGCAGAAACUAGCAACCAGGGCUAAUCAGUUUAUGGUAGCUGCUUGUGUUCGGUCUUCAGAGGCAAGGAGGAGGGUUUUUACUGAGAUUAGCCACAUUAUUAAUGAAUUUGUUGAUUCAUGUAAUGGCAUUAUGCCAAAGCCUCCAGGCAAUGAAAUUCAGGUUUUUGUUGAUCUACUUAAUGAUAUUUUGGCUGCCCGGACACCUGCUGGCUCAAGCAUAUCAGCUGAGUCCUCUGUAACUUUCAUGGAUGCUGGUCUAGUUAAAUCUUUUACUCAUACAUUACAGGUUUUGGACUUGGACCAUGCUGACUCGUCUAAAGUUGCUACUGGUAUUAUCAAAGCUCUUGAAUUAGUAACCAAGGAGCAUGUUCAUUCAGUUGAAUUGAGUGCAGGAAAGGGUGAUAAUCAAACAAAGCCUUCUGAUCCUAGUCAAUCUGGAAGAAUGGAUAAUAUUGAUCACACAUCUCAGUCUCAGUCCAUGGAAACAAUAUCUCAGGCCAAUCACGAUUCCCUUCAAGUUGACCAUGUUGGGUCGUACAAUGUGAUCCAGUCUUAUGGUGGGUCUGAAGCUGUUACUGAUGAUAUGGAUCAUGAUCAUGAUCUUGAUGGGGGCUCUGCUCCCGCCAAUGAAGAUGACUUCAUGCAUGAAACUGGUGAGGAUGCUAGAGGCCAUCAAACUGGGAUUGAAAAUGUGGGGCUACAAUUUGAAAUCCAAUCUCAUGGACAAGAAAAUCUUGAUGACGAGGAUGAGGGUGACAUGUCCGGAGAUGAGGGUGAAGAUGUAGAUGAAGAUGAUGAAGAUGAUGAGGAACAUCAUGAUUUGGAAGAAGAUGAAGUCCAUCAUUUACCACAUCCUGACACUGACCAUGAGGAUCAUGAAAUUGAUGAUGAUUUUGAUGAAGUGAUGGAGGAGGAGGAGGAGGAGGAGGAUGAGGAUGAGGAUGAUGAAGAUGGUGUUAUACUAAGACUUGAGGAGGGAAUUAAUGGAAUUAAUGUUUAUGAUCACAUUGAGGCUCUUGGAAGAGACAAUAGUUUUCCAAAUGAAUCUCUUCAUGUGAUGCCAGUUGAAGUUUUUGGAUCUAGACGUCCAGGGCGUACCACCUCUAUUUACAGCCUUUUGGGCAGGAGUGGUGAUAAUGCUGCUCCUUCACGCCAUCCACUUUUAGUUGGUCCUUCCUCAUUCCACCCAUCUACUGUUCAAUCAGAUAGUAUAACAGAGAGCUCAACGGGGUUGGAUAAUAUCUUUCGAUCACUACGGAGUGGACGUCAUGGACACCGCUUGAACUUGUGGAGUGAUACUAACCCUCAAAGCAGUGGGUCAAAUCCUGGUGCUGUACCGCAGGGCCUUGAGGAGUUCCUUGUCUCUCAAUUGAGGCGACCUACUUCUGACAAGUCAUCUGAUAAUAAUGUAGCAGAAGCAGGUCCUCAGAAUAAAGUUGAGGUCAGCCAGAUGCACAAUUCUGCAAGUUCACAGCUAGAAAUUCCAGUAGAAAACAAUGCAAUUCAGGGAGGUGGUAAUGUGACUCCUGCAUCAAUUGAUAACACUGACAACAAUGCUGAUAUCAGACCUGUAGGGAAUGGAACUCUGCAAACAGAUGUAUCAAACACUCACUCUCAGGAAGUUGAGAUGCAGUUUGAGCAUAAUAAUGAUGCAGCCGUGCGAGAUGUCGAAGCUGUGAGUCAGGAGAGUAGUGGUAGUGGGGCAACUUUCGGUGAAAGCCUUCGGAGCCUAGAUGUUGAGAUUGGAAGUGCUGAUGGUCAUGAUGAUGGUGGAGAAAGGCAGGUCUCUGCUGAUAGGAUUGCAGGUGAUUCACAGGCUGCACGUACAAGAAGAGCAACUGUGCCUUUUGGUCAUUCUUCUCCUGUAGGUGUAAGGGAUGCAUCCCUCCACAGUGUUACUGAAGUUUCAGAAAAUUCAAGCCGAGAUGCAGAUCAGGAAGGUCCAGCAGCUGAGCAGCAGGUGAACAGUGAUGCUGGAUCAGCAGCAAUUGAUCCUGCUUUUCUGGAUGCUCUUCCUGAGGAGCUGCGUGCGGAAGUUCUCUCAGCCCAGCAGGGUCAAGUAGCUCAACCAUCAAAUGCUGAGUCACAAAACAAUGGGGAUAUUGAUCCUGAGUUCCUUGCAGCACUUCCCCCAGACAUUCGAGCAGAAGUUCUAGCUCAGCAACAAGCACAGAGACUACAUCAAUCUCAGGAGUUGGAAGGGCAACCUGUCGAAAUGGAUACUGUCUCAAUAAUUGCAACAUUUCCUUCAGAAUUACGAGAAGAGGUUCUAUUAACAUCCUCUGAUGCUAUCCUUGCCAACCUUACACCUGCCCUUGUUGCUGAGGCAAAUAUGUUGCGGGAAAGGUUUGCACAUCGAUACAGUCGCACCCUCUUUGGUAUGUAUCCCAGAAGUCGCAGAGGUGAAACUUCUAGGCGUGAAGGUAUUGGUUCUGGCCCAGAUGGGGCAGGGGGAAGCAUCACUUCACGCAGGUCUGCUGGAGCUAAAUUUGUUGAAGCUGAUGGAGCACCUCUAGUGGACACUGAAGCUCUGCAUGCCAUGAUUAGGCUAUUUCGCAUAGUUCAGCCACUAUAUAAAGGUCAAUUGCAAAGGCUUCUUUUAAAUCUUUGUGCCCAUAGUGAAACCAGAAUUUCCCUGGUGAAAAUUCUGAUGGACUUGCUGUUGCUUGAUGUAAGAAAGCCGGCUAGUUAUUUUAGUGCAGUUGAACCUCCGUACAGACUAUAUGGUUGUCAGAGCAAUGUAAUGUACUCACGUCCUCAAUCUUUCGAUGGAGUUCCCCCAUUACUCUCUCGGCGAAUACUUGAAACACUCACCUAUCUUGCUCGCCAUCAUCCAUAUGUGGCAAGAAUUUUGCUUCAGUUUAGGCUGCAUCAUCCUGCAGUGAGACAACCAGAUAAUGCUGAUGUUGCACGUGGCAAAGCUGUGAUGGUUGUUGAAGAUGAAACAAAUGCAGGAUACAUAUCUAUUGCAAUGCUUUUGGGUCUCUUGAAACAACCCCUUUAUUUGAGGAGCAUAGCUCAUCUUGAGCAGUUGCUAAAUUUGCUUGAUGUUAUCAUUGAAAGUGCUAGAAGCAAGUCUAGUUCAUCUGACAGAUCUCAAAUAUCUACUGACCCAGUAUUGGGUCCGCAAAUUUCUGCAAUGGUGGUAGACGUGAAUAUUGAUUCAGCUACAUCUUCUGCUCCAGAGGCGUCUCCUCAAGUCAAUGAAUGCUCUAAACCCACAGCUUCCAGUAAUAAGGAAUGUCAGGCUCAGCAAGUAUUGUGUGAUCUACCACAAGCAGAACUUCAGCUUCUUUGCUCGUUGCUUGCUCUAGAAGGUUUGUCUGACAAUGCAUAUGGUCUUGUUGCGGAGGUAAUGAAAAAACUGGUGGCCAUUGCUCCAGUUCACUGUAAGUUUUUUGUCACUCAUCUGGCAGAAGCAGUUCGAAAUUUGACUUCAUCUGCAAUGGACGAGUUGCGCACCUUUAGCGAGGCAAUGAAAGCUCUUCUCAGUACAACAUCUUCUGAUGGUGCUGCAAUUUUAAGAGUUUUGCAAGCCUUGAGUUCCCUUGUUACCUCAUUGGCUGAGAAAGAGAAUGAUGGAAUAACUCCUGCCCUUUCUGAAGUUUGGGGAAUCAAUUCAGCCUUAGAGCCCUUGUGGCAUGAGCUGAGCAGUUGUAUAAGCAAGAUAGAGGCCUACUCUGAGUCAGUAUCCGAGUCUAUUACCCCUUCUAGAACAUCUGUGUCCAAACCAUCCAGUGUCAUGCCUCCACUUCCAGCUGGUUCUCAAAAUAUUUUACCAUACAUAGAGUCAUUUUUUGUUUUUUGUGAGAAGCUACAUCCUGCUCAGUCAAAUGCCACUACUGUUACAAGUGUUCCUGUAAUAUCUGAUGUGGAAGAUGCCAGCACAUCUGGUACUCGGCAGAAAACAUCUGGACCUGCUACAAAACUAGAUGAGAAACAUGCUGCUUUUGCCAAGUUUUCAGAAAAGCAUAGGAAACUAUUGAAUGCUUUUAUCAGGCAAAAUCCUGGCUUGCUGGAGAAAUCUUUUUCUCUUAUGCUGAAGACUCCAAGAUUUAUUGAUUUUGAUAACAAGCGAUCCCACUUCCGAUCAAAAAUUAAACAUCAACAUGACCAUCACCACAGCCCAUUAAGAAUAUCAGUGAGAAGGGCGUAUGUUCUUGAGGAUUCAUAUAACCAGCUUCGCAUGAGAUCAACUCAAGAUUUGAAGGGAAGGUUGACUGUUCAUUUCCAAGGUGAAGAAGGUAUUGAUGCAGGUGGUCUUACACGGGAAUGGUAUCAAUUGUUGUCCAGAGUUAUUUUUGACAGAGGAGCACUGCUCUUUACUACAGUAGGCAAUGAAUCAACAUUUCAGCCAAACCCUAACUCUGUUUACCAAACAGAACAUCUAUCUUAUUUCAAAUUUGUUGGUAGAGUGGUUGGAAAAGCUUUAUUUGAUGGUCAGCUCUUGGAUGUCCAUUUUACUCGGUCAUUCUACAAGCACAUCCUUGGGGUCAAAGUUACAUACCAUGAUAUUGAAGCUAUUGACCCUGCCUAUUUCAGAAAUUUGAAAUGGAUGCUUGAGAAUGAUAUCAGUGAUGUUCUGGAUCUUACUUUUAGCAUUGAUGCAGAUGAGGAAAAGUUGAUUUUGUAUGAGCGGACAGAGGUGACUGAUUAUGAGCUGAUUCCUGGUGGACGGAAUAUGAAAGUUACAGAGGAGAAUAAGCACCAAUAUGUUGAUUUGGUUGUUGAGCAUCGAUUGACUACUGCUAUUCGUCCUCAAAUAAAUGCUUUCUUGGAAGGGUUCAAUGAAUUGAUUCCCAGGGAGUUGAUAUCUAUAUUCAAUGACAAAGAGCUGGAAUUAUUGAUCAAUGGACUUCCUGAUAUUGAUUUGGAUGACUUGAGAGCAAAUACAGAAUAUUCUGGGUAUAGUGGCGCAUCACCAGUUAUACAAUGGUUUUGGGAAGUUGUUCAAAGUUUCAGCAAAGAAGACAAAGCUAGAUUGCUGCAGUUUGUGACAGGCACAUCCAAGGUGCCUUUGGAGGGUUUUAGCGCUCUUCAAGGAAUUUCAGGUUCCCAGAGGUUCCAGAUACAUAAGGCAUAUGGCAGCUCUGAUCACUUGCCUUCUGCACAUACUUGUUUCAAUCAAUUAGAUUUGCCAGAAUAUCCAUCUAAACAACAUUUGGAAAAGAGGUUACUGCUUGCCAUUCAUGAAGCAAAUGAGGGAUUCGGAUUUGGUUGACAAGUUUUUUGUUUCUUUCUUUUUUGGGAGGGGUGGGGGACGAAAUCAAACUGUAUUACAUUUUAGGUUACAAGCUAUUUAAAAGCUUUUACUGGGGGUUGACAAGAUUUUCAACAUUAUAUCAUGUUAAUAUGCUGUACAGUUCUAUAUUUGCAAUGGGAAAUGCUUCGGCGGUUUUUCAAUAA